AUGCCAGCCAAAAAGAAAAAAGCAACUGCAGCUUCUGCAUCUCGCCUUUUAGCAGGAACCGUCUCCAAAGCGGAAGAUCGAGCGCCGUCUGCAAAAAAUGAAGACUUGCACGUUGAUUCUCAACAGGUCGAACAAAGGCAAGAAUCAUGGCCCUUGCAUGUACCCGUGAUUGAAUAUGAAAGCUGCGAUGAGAAGUGCGCUGGGUGGGGCUCGGAUACAGACUCUGGGAGUGGAGGUUUCCUCGAUGAUGAUAUGGAUGUUUUGCCGACGGGUUGGGGGAAGAAUGAUAAACAGUCGAAUGAGGAUAAGGAGAGAGCGGAAAUUGCUAGGAAAGCCAAGGUGAAGAAAGAGAAGUCUCAAGUAUCCGCAGUGGUGGUAGCAGCUUGUCGAGAGGAAACACACACGGUUUCAGAUCGAAAGUUGGAGUCAUCUCGUGCAAUUGUCAAAUUGAAGAAGUCUUCCACUAAUACAGAGAGUAUGGGAUCCGCGCUGAAGGUAUCGUGUGGUGCGACCGAGCAAGUCGUCGGCGAAAGUAUCAUCGAGGAUAUCAAGGUGAUCAAUUCGACCAGUUCGCCCGAGAAUUCUUGCCUCGUGUGCACCGCUCGAUCUUCAGAAGUUGUGAUGAGCAAAACAACCAUCGCGAAGUCUACUGCGUCGGAAUCAGAGUCAAGCAUCAAGUUGAUGGAGAAGAUGGCCCGACAAGAGCACGAUUUGAAGUUGGAAAUGCAAAAGCAACUGGAUCAACGCAAUGAAAGUCAUCGAAAAGAGAUGGACGCAAUGAAGUUGGAUCUAGAGGAAGCGCAAGUGGCACGAUGGAAAGCAUCGACUGAUUUACGGAAAGUCAGGGAGAAGAAUUCAGCAGUUCGGACGGAGAGAAGAGAGCUGGAUUUGAAGUUGAUGGCAAUGUCCGAGGAAGUGGUGAGACUUGGGGGGAGAAUUUCAACCUUGGAGACCCAAAAGAACGAUGCACUUGAAUCAGCAGAAUCUCUGUUCCGCGCGCUGAAGCUAUCAGCACAAGACGUCACAGACUGUCAACUCAAACUAAAUGUAGUUCAAGAACAUAGUGCGACGUUUCGGCAACAAGUAAGGAAUUUGAGGGUUGAAAAUCAUCGGAUCAGACAGGAGCAGUCCCGGACAGCCUCAACUUCCAAUCGCUUGCAACAGCUAGAAACCAAGUACGAGACCCUUAAGACUGACUAUUACACUCUCGAGGAUGAGCAUAAUGAGCUCCAAGAAGAUGCAUCUAGAUACCGGAGCGAGCGCGAAGAGUACAAAGAAGAAGUAGAGUACUACAAGAAAAAGCGAAACGCCCUUCGAGACAAAUUGGAAAGUGUUGAAGCAAGCCUCGAGAAGAUGACCGAUAAGUAUGCGAGUAUGUUAUGCAGUCGUGAUGCUGUUCGACAGAACUACCAGGAUUUGAAGAAGACACAUGAAAUCAGAGAGCCAUUGGUUAAGAUAGGAGCAGAUAUACGAUUACGUUUUCUAGACCAAGCACGAGAGACAUCACUUGGUAUCUCCCGAUGUGAGGCAGACAUGGCUUUGAGAACUAACGGUAAUGUUGCUGCUCACAGGGGUAAUGCAGCUGCCGAUGCGGCAUUGUUCAAGGGCAACCUUAUUCCAGAAGAGUACGAAGAAGAAGCUGAAGAGAUCUUUGAAAAGUUAUACAGUCAUAAAUCUAGCGCCUACCCAUUCUUUGAUGGAGUCUCCGAAAGACAGAACGACUGUGAAGCAACAUUAUCUACAAUAACAAAAUCUAGUGUAUCGGCGACUCUGCGUGAAGAGUGGCGCCUGGUCUGGAAUAGAAUUUUGGACGGCCCAGACAGCAAAAGAAAGAUCUUGAUUGAAGAAUUGGAAAGGUUAACAGACGAGAUAGUCGACUUAGAACGUUCCAGUCGUCGUCGCAGAUAA